UGAGACACAUCCACAUUACACACAUACAUACACAGACACACAGGAUUUUACACUGAGAACAUUAAGCAGGCAGACGGCAGGGAACAUCCCCGACGUCCCUUUCCUAGUCCGUGCGAGUAUUUCACAGAGCCAAAUGCCCGGUCCGACCCAAGCUCUGUCCCCCAAUGGAGAGAACAACAACGACAUCAUUCCGGAUAACAACGGCUCCAACAUCAUUCCCUACAGAAAGAACACAGUGCGCGGAGAGCGCGCCUACAGCUGGGGGAUGGCGGUCAACGUGUAUUCUACCUCAAUCACCCAGGAGACUAUGAGCAGGCAUGACAUCACGGCCUGGGUGAACGAUCUGGUCAGUCUAAACUACACUAAAGUGGAGCAGCUGUCAUCAGGAGCAGCGUACUGUCAGUUAAUGGACAUGCUGUUUCCCGGCUGUAUCAGUCUAAAGAAGGUGAAAUUCCAGGCCAAGCUGGAGCAUGAAUACAUCCACAACUUCAAACUCCUGCAGGCCUCCUUCAAGAGGAUGAACGUUGACAAGAUUAUCCCUGUAGAGAAGCUCGUCAAGGGGCGAUUUCAAGACAACCUGGACUUCAUUCAGUGGUUCAAGAAGUUCUUCGACGCCAACUACGACGGGAAGGAAUACGACCCUAUCCAGGCCAGACAGGGCCAGGACGCCAUUCCCCCUCCAGAUCCUGGGGAGCAGAUCUUCAACCUGCCAAAGAAAUCCCUCCACGCCGCCUGCUCUCCCACCGCAGGAGCUACUAGAUCAACCAGUUCAACCCCUAAAUCCUCCACCUCCACCUCCCGACCCUCCUCUGCCAAAAAGAUUCCCGUGAUGUCAGCGACACCCGCUAAGGGAGAGAAGGAGCUGGAAGCCCAAGUAACACAACUAGGCGAACAGCUCAACACAUUAAAGCUAGCACUAGAAGGAGUGGAGAAGGAGCGGGAUUUCUACUUCGGGAAGCUGAGAGAGGUGGAGCUGUUGUGUCAGGAUCAUGGCCAGGACAACGGGCCCUUCGUGGAGAGACUCAUGGAAGUGCUGUACUCGGCUGACGACCAGGAGGCCGGCGGUGAGGAACACGAGGCUCCGGCUCAGGAGGAAGACGUUCCUGACGACACACAGGACGAAUACUGAACACACAUGCACUCAGUCAGAAAACUACUUUGGGUUCACUUUCUCAAACUCAUGACGGUUUAUUUCUCAUUUGCUCUGGUGGUGAAGGAGCGAGACAAAUUGGCCAAAUAUUCAAAGGUGUCUUUUGUCAACUUGUUUUCUUCAUUUGCCCUGUUUAAUUGCAUCACGACUAUUAUGAACAUGUAUCUGACAGCAGCUAAAGCCCUUGAUAACGACCACUGCGCAGCUACUACUUUCGGUUUUUACUUUACCAAACUCUUUCAUCUCGCUACACUGAUGAAGGAAAAUUGAUUUCUAAAGCUGUUUGUUUUUAGAUCAAGUCAUGAAUUUGAAAAAUACCGCAAUAAGAGUAGUUUAAAGUGCUACCAAUACCAUUUGUGAAAUAAAACCUGUCCAAAACUGAUCAUUAAAUUUUGCAUUGGAAUAUAAUGCAUACUGCAUUUCAUUUGGAAACGUUGCUCUGUUUUUCACCUUAUUAGAUUAUAUACAGUAUAUAUAUAUAAUUUUUGUUAUUUUCUUUUUGUUUAAAUAUGUCUGGAAGCCAAUCACAGUGUUUGAUAGGACGCAUUUCAUUUGAACUGUGCAAUCGGUAUUCUGUGUCUAAACAUGUUUUACUUUAUAUGUACAGUAAAAAAAACAACGGCCAUUAUCUGAAGAAAACAAUGCAUUGAAGAUUUUUUUUUAACUGUUGUUCUAAAGCACAGGUUUUAGCAUAAGAAAACAUUCUCGUGAUCUCCUGAUACUCGUCAAUAUUCUCCACAGGUCAACGCUUAUGUCAUUUAUUAUUGUGUACAAUGAAAAGGAAUGUAAACAUAUGUACUGUUAAUAAUUAUAAAUAGACAAUGUUUUUUUUUUUAUUUCCCUCACAGUAUCUCCCCUUAUGCAUUCCCCAAAUGUGUUGCAUGUUUGCAUUUUAUUUGUGAAUAACUUGACCUGCUUUUUACAUAUUUAAUAAAAAAGAAGAAAAAAAAA